CCCGGUAUCAUUCUUCGACAGCAAAAUAUCCCGAAAGAGCCAUCAUCGGUCUCAGGAGCCUGUAACUCCGGUCCCAUCUGACACGGAGCCUUCCGGGUCUUCUUUCUCUACCUUAUUCUCACCACCACAAGGGUCGAUCAGUCCUGAGCUGGUCAACAUCACCAUCAACCAUGUCUAGCAGUCCAACUUUCAAGGACAAGGACGAGGACCUGGAGGCCCAGGUUCCUCUCAACCCACAGCCUGCCAGUCCCACGGUCAGAACAGAACAAGAAGUCUCAGGCACAACCAAGCUACUGUACUUGGCCGUCUACUUCCUAUGUAACAUUUCAUUAACGAUUUACAACAAGCUCAUUCUGGGCAAGUUCUCCUACCCAUGGCUUCUCACAGCCCUCCACGCCGGCUCGGCGUCCAUAGGCUGCUACAUCCUCCUCCUCCAAGGCCGAUUCACCCUCACGAAGCUCAGUCUCCAGCAAAACGUCGUCCUCUUCCUCUUCUCGAUUUUGUUUACCGUCAACAUCGCCACCUCCAACGUCUCUCUCGCCAUGGUCUCCAUCCCCUUCCACCAAAUCAUGCGAUCGACCUGCCCUUUUUUCGCCGUGCUCAUCUACCGCUUCCGCUACGGCCGCUCCUACCCGCGCGACACCUACCUCGCUCUCAUCCCACUCAUCCUGGGCGUCGGCCUCGCCACUUAUGGCGAUUACUACUUCACCGCUGCCGGUUUUAUCCUCACCUUCCUGGGCGUUAUCUUGGCUGUCGUCAAGACCGUCGCCACCAAUCGGAUCAUGACGGGAGCCCUGGCCCUUUCCCCGCUGGAAACGCUGCUGCGCAUGUCGCCCCUGGCUUGCGCGCAGGCGUUGGUCUGCGCUAUUGCUAGCGGUGAGCUGGCUGGGUUUAGGGAGCAGAACCCCGAGGGCCCGUCGGGGGCACUGAUCUUGACGUUGGCGGGUAAUGGACUGCUAGCGUUUUGUCUGAAUUAUAGCUCUUUUUCGACGAAUAAGGUUGCGGGCGCGGUGACGAUGACGGUGUGUGGAAAUAUCAAGCAGUGUUUGACGAUCCUGUUGGGUAUUGUGUUGUUUGGAGUCCAGGUUGGGUUCUUGAAUGGUGUGGGCAUGGUGAUUGCUUUGGCGGGCGCGGCGUGGUAUAGCGCUGUUGAGUUGAGGAGUAAGACGCAGAAGGGUGGGAGGUAAGGGGGUUGCAUUUGGCAUCUGGGGUUGGUUCAUGGAGACGUCCUACGCUGGGCGAUAAAGGGAGAUGUGUGAUACCCUACCGGUUGCGGUUGAAUAGAAGUU